AUGGAAACGUCAAGUGGAACGCAAAACAAUGGUGGUUAUUUUUCUAGAGGAUGUAGGUGGAUCAAGGCCUUGCCUGAGAGAUCAAAGGCUAAGAUAGUUGAAUUUGCAAGGAAAAUAAAGAAAGUCGGACAGGAUGACCCAAGAAGAAUAAAUCAUUCACUGAAAGUAGGACUAGCCAUCACAUUGGUAUCAUUGUUCUACUACUUUGAACCUCUCUAUAAUGGUUUUGGUGAUUCUGCAAUGUGGGCUGUUUUGACUGUUGUGGUGGUCUUCGAAUUCUCCGUUGGAGCAACACUUGGUAGAGGUCUCAACAGAGGUUUGGCAACAUUUCUAGCAGGAACUCUUGGAUUUGGUGCUCAUCACUUAGCCAUUCUAUCUGGAGAGAAAGGUGAGCCCAUACUUCUUGGGCUCUUUGUCUUUGUACUGGCUACAACGGUGACAUUUGUUCGAUUCUUUCCAAGAAUGAAGGCAAGAUAUGAUUAUGGGCUCCUCAUAUUUAUCUUGACAUUCUGUUUGAUAUCGGUAUCGGGUUACCGAGAUGAUAAAGUGCUAGACAUGGCUCAUAGGAGAGUCUCAACCAUUCUUAUUGGUGGCCUUACUGCUGUGUUUGUGUGCAUUUGCAUUUGCCCAGUAUGGGCUGGUGAUGAUCUUCACAAUCUUGCUGCUACCAACAUUGAAAAACUUGGGAUUUUCUUGGAACGUUUUGGGGUUGAAUUCUUUCAUAAAUCAGGAGAGGGGGAAUCAAUUAACAAGGCAUCUCUGCAAGGCUAUAAAAGUGUCUUAAACUCGAAAAACAUAGAAGAAUCUUUGGUUAAUUUCGCAAGAUGGGAACCUGGUCAUGGCCGGUUCAAGUUUCGUCAUCCUUGGAAACACUACAUCAAGAUUGGAAGCCUAACUAGGCAAUGUGCUUAUAGAGUUGAAGCUCUUAAUGGCUACCUCAAUUCUGACAUUAAGACACCACCAGAAAUCCGAGGCAUAAUUAAGGAUUCAUGCAAAAAAAUGAGCUCAGAAUCGGGAAAAGCAUUGAAGGAAAUAGCAUUGGCUAUCAAAAGCCUGACUCCACCAUCCUCUGCCAGUCCUCACAUUGUAAAAUCAAAAAAUGCUGCCAAGAACCUUAAGUUCUUGCUCAAUACCGACCUAUGUAAAGACAUUGACCUACUAGAAGUAGUACCAGCUGCUACUGUCACUUCUCUGCUAAUUGACGUGAUCUCUUGCACAGAGAAAAUUGCAGAUUCAAUUCAUGAAUUAGCCUCCCUUGCUCAGUUUAAAAACGUAGAACAAGAGAAACAAAAAUUACCAAAGGAGGGAGAAAUGCAGCAGGGUGCUAACAAGGAUACGCAUCAUCAUGUUAUCACAAUUGAGUUGCCAUCUCCAGUUAAGCUACAAAAUGGGAAUCUGUCAUCGUCAACAACUACUGCAAUGGUGAUAUUUCUUCGAUUGUUUCCUCAUAUGAAGGCGAGAUAUGAUUACGGGUUUAUGGUAUUUAUGUCGACUUUGGCUGGUGAUGAUCUUCACAAACUUGUUGCAGCUAACAUUAAAAAACUUGGGAUGUUCUUACGAGGUUUUGGGGUUGAAUUCUUUCGAAUUUCUGUAGAAGGAGAGUCAAAGAAAGCUUCUCUGCAAGGCUACAAAAGCAUUCUGAACUCGAAAAAUACUGAAGAAUAUCGUUGGAAUCCUCAUCCAAGAUAUCAAAAAAUUGCUUCCUUGCUUUCACUACAAGCAAUAGAAAUGGCAUCCCCAAUUCAUGAGAAUGCCAUAGGAACUUGCCCUAAAAGAUGCCAAUGGCUUAAGGCUAUGCCAUUUAAGUUAUCCACUAAGGUAGUUGAGCUCGUGAGGAAGAUAAGGAAACUAGCAAGAGAUGAUCCUAGAAGGAUUAUUCAUUCAUUUAAAGUAGGAUUAGCUCGCACAUUACUUUCACUAUUCUACUACUUUGACCACUUUAUGAUUGUUUUGGUGUCAAUGCAAUUUGAGUAG